AUGGAAGAUCCCCAGGUUUUGGAGGUGCUACUGGAGGAGGUUGACGAAGAACUUUUCCAGCUCGAAAGACAGAAGCAGCCAAAUGCUGAUAGCUGCCACUCCGGUAAGAAUGACCCUGUGAAAGCUGAGAUUGUUGAAGGUACUGGUGCUCGGGAAUUUGCAUCUGUUCAUCAUGUUCACACGCCAAGUACUCGAGGCUACACACAUGCUACUGAAGAUUGGAAAUCUGCUGAUGAAAAUUGGAAACCUGCUGCUGGAAAUUGGAAAUAUGCUGCUGAAAGGUGGAAAGAUGCUGCUGAAAAGUGGAAAUCUGUUGCCGAAGAUCGGAAACCUGUUGCUCGAGCUCACACAUGUGUAGAGCGUCGCGUCAACGCUCAUAUGUCAACGUUGAAGCCUGCGCCACCUUCAGACACAUUCGAUGGAAAUGACGAUGAGAGGGCGGCGCUCCAAGUUUGGAAAACUGAAAUCGAGAAACAACUGACCUUAUUGAGUGACCUUGAAACGGCCAGAGCCCUGGCUCUGGAAGACGAAACAGAAGAGACCGACGAAGGAGGUCCGGUGCCCGAAGUCAAACCCUCGAGAUGGAUUCCGGCGGAUAUUUGGAAGAUUCUUGCCUCGAUCAAGCGACAUUUGGCAAUCUUCAGGUUCAUGAGCUGGGCUCAUUCCAAGGACUUGAUAUGCGCCUGUUGUUCAGAGACUUAUUCAAAUGCUCGAAAAGGCUUACUGGCCAAAUGCUCGCACUUCUACUGCAACAGCUGCUUGAUUUCCAUGGUGACGAUAUCUUUGAAAGACGGAUCAUUCUUCCCGCCUCAAUGUUGCGGGCAGCCAAUCACAGGAUCGCGGAUGAAAAAGGCCAUAGGAGUUUCGUUGGAUAACAGGCUCAAGGAGAAGGCAAUUGAAAUCAACGACCCUGACAAAACCUACUGCGUGGAUGCGAAAUGUGGACGAUAUCUCGUACCGAGAAACUCACUCCUGUCGAAAAUUACGCAGGAGAAGACAUCCACUUGCGAGUGCGGCGUUCGCACGUGCAGAGCAUGCAAGUCGCUUGCUCACACUGGUAUAUGUCUCCACCUUCUAGAUGAUGCGUUCGAAGAGUUGAAGGUAGCCAUGAAAUGGCCGAAGUGUUACAAUUGUGGACGAGUUGUGGAACGCAUAUCUGGCUGUAAAGAUAUCACGUAA